AGACUACAGCCUUUCCAACAAUGACGGUACCGAGCAAGCAUCCAGUGUUGUAAGGACCGUACCCCACCCACAGUACAACAGUAACACCAUGGAAAACGACAUCAUGUUGCUUCAACUCUCAAGCAGCAUCAGCCAGAACUCCCACGUUACAUUCGCCACCCUCCCAGCCGCAUUCAACGACCCAGCCGUAGGAACUGUCUGCAAAGUAUCUGGAUGGGGAAACACCCAGAUUGUUGGAUCCAACUACCCCGACAAGCCAUACAGUGUACAAGUACCAAUCAUCUCCAACUCUGACUGCAACAACGCAUACGGUGGAGGGAUCUAUGAUGGUAUGAUGUGCCUUGGAUUGUUGGGAACUGGAGGAAAAGACUCUUGCCAAGGUGAUUCCGGCGGCCCAGUCGUUUGCAACGGUGCUGUUCACGGUGUCGUAUCUUGGGGCAUUGGAUGCGCCUACCCAGACUACCCAGGUGUUUACACCAGAGUGUCUCACUACAUCAGCUUCAUCAACUCCUACGUUUAAAUGGAACCAAACAUUUAACGCGGAUUUCGCAAUGAAAUAAACACUGAUGAAAUA